CAUCAUAAUAGGCGGACACUUUCUUUCUUUUCAGUUAUUGGUAUUCUGUUUUAAUGGGCCCUUUAAGCCGGUUUUCAUGGCAACAAAAGCAAUUAGUCGUGGCUCGAAUAAAUAAAGAAACGUGUAGUCUUAUACCUCAUAAUCAUAAACGGCGAAGGUGAAGGAAGACACUAGACAAGCUGGGAAUCAACGGCAUCCGUGAAGAGUUCGUUGGGCUGCAGCUGCUCAUCUGCUAAAGCCAUUAAAUCGGAAUUUAAACCCCUUUUAUCGAAAUGUUCUGUCAGGUUACAGUCCAGAGAUGAUCGCUUUUACCUUGUGAGGUAACUAGUUUGUUUUUGGGGUGCGUUGUGGCCGGGACAUCAGCCAGUUCUCGUGUUGAUCCAGGUGUCGCUCCCUUCAGAUCUCUCCUGAUGCUGUCAAGCCUCAAUCUCCAUGCAUGAUGUGUUCAGUCAGUGCCAGAGGUGGGAUCACAACCCUUAUUCUUCUACCUUGGGCAUGGUUCAUUGUUGUCUCUUCCUGAGCCCUGGCCUCCCCAUGCAGAAAUGACUGACAAGAGAAACCCACCAUUUUUCAAUGAUGACAAUGUAGACAUGGUGCACUACAAGCUGCCCUUCAACGAGACCAUGGAGCUGUUCAUAGAGACACUGACAGGCACCUGCUUCCAGCUGCGCGUCUCACCCUUUGAAAAGGUCAUCUCAGUCAAGGCCAAGAUUCAGAGACUGGAGGGCAUUCCUGUCUCUCAGCAACAUUUGAUUUGGAAUGGUAUGGAACUUGAAGAUGAGUACUGCUUGCAUGAUUACAGCAUCACUGAGGGCUGCACUCUUAAGCUGGUCCUCGCCAUGAGGGGAGGGCCUGUAAACACCAGACGAGUGACAGUGACUGAUGACUCUGUGAGGGAGAUCUCUGACUGCCUCAACACAGGAAGAGAGGAGAUGUGGGAAAAAUCUCUGCCUAAUAAACAGGUCACUUUCCUGGUGUACCGAGAGGGAGAUCAGCUCAAUUUCUUCCGAGUGGUGGACAAAGGAAAUGGAACACUCACACCUGUGUCUGAAUCAUUGAGUGGUGGCUCUGUGCACAAUGUGUACACAGAAGAGGAGGAGGAUUCAGAGGCCGCAUCUUUACAACAGCAGAUGCUGGAAAACUCCAUCACAAUGAACAAGAUGAAGCUGCUCAAGGCUAAGAUGGAGAAUAUGAACCUUAACAAAAAGCCCAAGAAGAUCGCUAAGUUAAAAGUCAGACCUCCAGUGGCUCCACGGCCUUGCAGUGGUUCGCCUGGCUCUGCCCGACUCCACCAAAUGUAUCGGGUCCUUCCUCAGAUAGGCCAUGCCUCUUUAACACAUCUACCUCCAAUCGGUGAUCAGCAGCAACCAGCAGCCUCCUCCCCUGCUGUUGGUUCCUCCCCCCUAUCAUUUACUUCUCUCUCAAGUCCCACUUCCGCAAGCCGAGCUCAUGCUUCCUCUGCAACAUCCAGCAUGUAUAUGCUACAGGCUGAGGAACCAUGGGACAAUCCAGUGCCACGGAAGAUCAGACUCCCUCCCAAAGUGUCCAGGUUGGAUAUAAGAAGGUCUAAAGUUAUGAGGGACUGUGUGUACCCACCUGUAUCUCUUCUAUCCAGCCCAGGAGUUCAAGAUGAGGUAGAUCUCCAAAGUGACAGACUAACAUUAGCGGAGAACUCAACCUUUAUUGAGCCUCCCAAACCUAUUCCGUUCAAUCUUCCUGAGCCCUUGAGUCUAGAUGUGCCUGUGCAGCAUGAACGAAGUAUGAACUCUAUUGGGGCUGUGGCAGAACCCAACAAUGCAGCUCCUCUUCUUUCCCAAGCCAUCAACUCAAACCUAAUCGGCAAAUGGGCAAUAGGCAAAGAAAGGCUUGAGUCCCAACCUGACGGACAUGUAAUGAGCUCCCUGCACCUCCCAUCUGACCCUCACCUGCCUCCUCACAUACCACAGCACUUUGAGUUCCCGGGUUCCUCGUUGCAGCCCAGUCCAGCCCCUGCCCUCCUCAGAACCGGCAGCAGCCCUCCUCAUACUAUCAGCUCCCCCUCACGGACCACAUGUGUACAAGGGGUCAAAGUUGAUCCAUGUGACAAGCGCUCAGAGGUGAUCUCCAAAAGCGAGGCCCAGGACAUUACCAAGAUGGCCAAUAAAGCCUCCAAGAAGCCACUGGGCUCGGUGAACAAUGCAGAAUUCCUGGCCUCGCUGGCAGGAACUGGUGGUCAGGAGGCCCUGGGAGGGCCUUUUGCACUGGGCAGGUUAUAUGGUACAGCCGCCCCCCUACCAACCAACAUCCAUCUGUUGCAGGAAGACCUGCUGAGGAAGAUCUCCCCCCUACACAGAACAGCUGCAUACACGCCAUCAAGCUCAUCAACCGGACUCUCCAGUUCAAUAAAGAGAUCAGGCACUCCAACACAUCACUUACCCCCUAUGAAAGUUCCCACUGGAACAAAGAAGAAGAGUUCAAAGCACUGCUUCCUGUGUGGGAAGAAGACUGGGUUAGCCACUAGCUAUGAAUGCAGGUGUGGGAACAUCUUCUGUUCCAUGCACCGUUAUCCAGAGACCCACGACUGCACUUACGACUACAAAAGCGCAGGCCGACGAUUUCUACAGGAGACCAACCCCAUCAUAAGUGCACCAAAGCUGCCCAAAAUAUAAAGGCAUGCAUUGCACACACGAGGGAAGAGAUUACAUGUAUUUGAUCAUCUAUUAAAAUAGAGAAAAACCUUGAACACCAAUGUGUGCUUUUAUUACCAUGUUUGCUUAAUAUAUAGUCCGAACUGUAAACGAGAGAAAAAACAGUGCUCACUCCUUAGCCGUUCCCUCAGAAAAUGUACCUUUGUCUACUGUCUUUAUACAGUAUUAAUGAAAAAAGUAGAAAACCCUGCAUGUAAAUAGAUAGUUUCUAAAAAAAUAUUUCUUUCAUGCAACAAACUUUUAAAGAAGCAAAAUACACAGCUCAAAUCAUAUCUAUUUACAUACAUUUUUCUGUGGGUUCUGAUCAAUUUUCAUGACAAGUCUUGCAGAGAUGCUCUUUAGUAAUGCUGAAUAUCUCUUGUGGAGAUUGGGUUUGGUAUGGGAGGGGUUGAGCUAUGUGCCGUUAGUUUCCUGUUAUAUUGUUCGGUAACACUUUUUACAAUAAGGUUUCAUUCGUUAAGAACAGUUCAUUCAUUAGGUAUCAUGAACUAACAAUAAACAUAUUUUUUACAGCAUUUAUUAAUCUUUGUUAAUGUUAGUUAAUGAAAAUACAAUUGUUCAUUGUUAGUUCAUAGUCCAUUAACUAAUGAUAACCUAUACAACUUUUGAUUUAAAAAAUGUAUUAAUAAAUGCUGUAAAAGUAGCCUAUUAUUCACUGUUAGUUCAUUUUAACUAAUGUUGUUAACUAAUGUUAACAAAUGGAACCUUACUGUAAAGUGUUACUGAAUGUUCUUAUAUUUCUUACUCAUUUCUACUAUUCUCCGAGUCAAUUAUGUCCAGCAACACUCUACCAAGCAAUGUACACUCAUGUUAUAAAAAGACUGUUUAUCCAUGGUUCACUUUGGGUGCUAGUAUAAAGAAUAUAGGCUACUGUAUAUCAGCUGAGCUGUACACACUACACUAUGCAGUAAUACCAUGUAGAAUUCAAAAAUAUGUUUUCAAGGGCUUGUCAUGAUAAUACGUGAACACUCGACUGGUUGCCAUGAUGAAUGUUCCUUGUACCUUAGUAUUUGAAAAAUUGCUCAGAAAAGGCAGCAGUUAUUAUUUACGCUUUUUCUGUAAUUGACUGGUGAUGAACCUAAUAAAAAUACUUGUGUUUCA